GGUCUCCACUCAAAUAUGACCCAGACUUGUGUGGUCCACAGAAACACAGGUCAUGUACAGACAUUCUCUGCUUACUUCUCUUUCUUUUCUUCCUCGCUGCUUGGGCCGGAGUUGCUUCCUUUGCUUAUAGAAAUGGAGAUCCAAAACGGUUGAUGUUACCAGUUGACUCAUAUGGCCAUCGUUGUGGUGAACCUGACUUGAUCAAUCCAAACCUUUUCUUCUUUGAUCUCACUGCCUGCUUGAGCCCUGAUGCUAUCUGGAGGGGUUGUUCUACACCUCAGGUUUGUGUUUCUAAAUGUCCAGAAGAUGUGUGGAUAGCAGAGACUUACUUGUCAGGAGUCUUACAAUUCAACAUAAGUUUAAUAAUACAAGGUAUGAUAUUAAAUGAAUCACUGUUACAGGUUUGUGUUUCUAAAUGUCCAGAAGAUGUGUGGAUAGCAGAGACUUACUUGUCAGGAGUCUUACAAUUCAACAUAAGUUUAAUAAUACAAGGUAUGAUAUUAAAGGAAUCACUGUUACAGGUUUGUGUUUCUAAAUGUCCAGAAGAUGUGUGGAUAGCAGAGACUUACUUGUCAGGAGUCUUACAAUUCAACAUAAGUUUAAUAAUACAAGGUAUGAUAUUAAAUGAAUCACUGUUACAGGUUUGUGUUUCUAAAUGUCCAGAAGAUGUGUGGAUAGCAGAGACUUACUUGUCAGGAGUCUUACAAUUCAACAUAACCGAUGUCCAGAAUCAUCUCAUCUGCUACAAUGAAACCAUUGUAAAAACUGUUGUUGACAAAAAUACACUUCAAGAUGUUGUUAACAAGAAAGCUUGUGCCAGUUGGUAUGUUCCAAGCCAGUCAUUUUACUUCAGAUGCAUUCCUAAUCUGAAAUUUAACUAUGAACAAUGGAUUAAUAACUACAAACAAAAAUAUGGCUUAAAUGUGCCGUUUUCAACUGAGAUGUUGAAUCAGUCUGCACGUACUAUGCAAACACUCAAUGAAUUGAAUCAGGUUUGUUUUUGCGAUUAUUUAAUUUGUAUAGAAAUAUAUAUUCUGAAAUCAUAAUUUUGAGCAUUUUUU